AGGUUCUUCUGUCACCGCUUCUGUGGUGUUUUUAGCUCCAUGGAGCAACAUGGCCGAGUACCCGCAGAUAUCGGCGAUCUUCUGGAACAAACGUCUGGUAAAAUAGCGGCAUGUAAGCGUGGUCUUGGGGCUCCUGCUAGAGUUUUAGAUGUGCUAAGAGAGGACGUAGAGACGCUGAGCACUCGGUCCCCCACACAUUCUGCUGACAGUCUCUCACGUAAACAGCGCAAUAUCGUCCACGACCUCAACAUUGAACUGAUGAAAUACCUUCAGAAUAUAAGGAGCAUAAUCACCCAGCUGCGCCAGCAUUACCAAUUCCUGACAGAGAUCAUCCUCCAAGUCUCCAUGGAUCUACCUGCAUUUCUAGAGGAUAUUGGUCUACAACACCUCGACGGAAACUUCAGUGAGGUGACGACCGUACAGCAGCUUUUAAACCUCAACAGUAUUGAGGGAGAGAUGAUACCCAUACAACGGCGUCGCUUGGAAAGAGAAGUUGGGAAAAUACGGGCUCGCAUGGAGAGUGAAACUGGUCUAUCAGAGAUACCACCAUUGCUGCACCAGCUGCAAGAGACAACAUUGAAUCUUACCAAGAGUUGUUUGGAUAAAUUGAACGAGUUUGUAUCUGUUACAUCAGGGUUUAAAGAGGAGCCAGGCAUAACUUGGCGGGCAUGGAUUCGUGAGUCUCUGUCUUCUAUGUGGAAUAGGUCCUCAAAUAGUGAGGACACAUCCACAGCAAUAUACAAAGAAGUUAUUGCGUGGAUAGAACAGGAACAGCUCGAUCUAUCGCCUACGUCAGCUGUCGAUAAUGUCACAUCAGACCUAACAGAAUUUGUUCUGAAGAAUGAUAUGCAAACUUUGUCGUCUUUUAAAGAGUCCAUAGAAAACAUUAGAAGUGAGUUGUCUAAUGUGAAUUCAAGCGUCAGUGAACAGUACAAUCAGGUCAUGGCAAUGGCGGAUUCCUUGUAAGUAUUUUGAAAUGGUUUGUAAAAAAAUGUGUACACGUACAUGUAUCAGCUGAAUCUUUAAAGAAUGUUUUAAAACUGUAUAUUUGCCAGCACGUACUCUGGAAAUUCGAACUGAUCAUUGUGGCAUGGACAAUUGAUUAUGAGAUACACAAUUGAAAAAGUUACUUAGUGGAAAGUAGAAACUUUUGAUAGUUUUCAAAAUCUAUUCAUGGCCACUUGCUUGAGUAACGCUUUCUUGUGUAAUUUGGCAAUGGUUGUUAUAUACAUGUGCCAGAGCACAAUGUACUGCAAAAUAAGCAUACUUUUUUUUUACUGCAACAGAACAUAUGCUGGGGAAAAUCUUGAUAUAUACAGAUCAACACUAAUAAAUACAAUAUUGCAAAAUUCACUCAGGUGAAUGUAAAGUAUGGCUCUAGUAGUGAACGUUUGCAUGUCGUUGCACGCAGGCGUACUUUGAUUUUGUUGUACCAUUUUUGUAUUUCCCUCAUGCCAACAGGUAAAAUACGAGUA